AUGCCACCACCAGUACCUAAACAAUUGUCUACCAAGGAGAUUAUCAAAUUCCUUUCCAAUUAUACCGCAUGUGAUGUGUCUGAUUCCUUGAAUCAACAAGGUUUACCCCAUGGCGGAUUCAUCCCCAAUUUAGUUAACCAAUCACCAGUAUUAUCCACUCCGUCGGCCGUAGGAAAAGCAUACACUGUUUUAUACGCACCAAAAUCCGACCCAAGACCUGCAGUUAAGCAAUCCUAUAUUGAUGAAGUUCCCGAGGAUUCAAUUGUGGUUAUUGGGUUACCUUUGGAAUUGCAGUUGACCACUGCUCCGUACCAUACGGUGACCAAUGCCCUAUAUGGAGGAUUAAUGUCAACCAGAGCACAGUACAGAAAGGCUAAUGGGUCAGUCAUAUUAGGAAGAAUUAGAGAUUUGGAUGAGCAUAAUGAAUUGAACUAUCCUGUGUGGUCGUAUGCAACGGGAACCACAGCUAAUGGUCCCGUGCUCAAGGUUGUUGGUAUAAAUGUUCCCUUAGAAAUAAAAACCCUCAGCAUUGACCCAUCAAGAGAUGAAGAUAUCUUGCGGUUAAACCCUGGUGACUAUAUCAUUGCUGACAAAAAUGGAGUUGUCCGAUUGGAAGAUAAUGAAAAUUUGGCUGAGGUUUUGAACUAUAUACCAAAGAGAGUUGAGGCUGAUACUAAUGUUAGUGCAGAUAUCAAAAACGGCAAGCCAGCCGGCGAGUCCCAGAAGUUUUGGAGGGGUAAAAUUUGA